AUGAAGGUGUUGGGCCAAGGGGCUUAUGGCCAGGUGUUUGUGGUUGGGUCAUCUCGUCACAGAAGGGCCUACUGUCUCAAGCGAGUACCCCUACGGGAGCUUAGCCAUAGGCAGCGAGAGCAGGUGAAACAAGAGGUCCAUCUUCUAGAGACCCUCAGGGGUCAUCCUAAUAUUGUCUGGUUUCACAAGGUAUGGUGUAUAUCAUUUACGCUCAGGUAUUGCUCUUUGGGAGACCUAGGAGCUCACAUAAAGUGCUUAUGGGAGGGUGGAAAGCCUCCCAGAAGGUUAGAGGACUUAGCCAUUGAUUGGCUCAUUCAGAUGUGCCUCGCACUGCAAGCUUUGCAUUCGCGCCGGGUACUUCACCGCGAUAUGAAGACCGGGAAUGUUUUCCUCCUACGUCCAGCUAGUGUGGGAGAGGGUAGCCUGGUUCUCAAGCUCGGGGACUUCGGUGUGAGCAAGAUGCUGGGGGACCAGCCGGCGAACCCGAUGCACUCAAAAGUGGCCUUGGCCUCUACCAUGAUAGGGACGCCGGUAUACAUGUCCCCUGAGAUGUACAGGGGGAAGCCCUAUGGCUUCGAGGCCGACAUUUGGGGGCUCGGCUGUGUGCUGUACGAAGUGUUGCAUGGCCGAUACGCCUUUGAAGCUGACAGUCUGCAAGGACUGGCAUUGAAGAUCAUGCAAGGCCGGCAUGGGCCUGUCACCUGCAGUGAGGGCUUGAGAGAGCUCAUAGUGUCAAUGCUAUAUGAUAGACCCGAGGGGCGGCCGGCCCUGCAGGCGAUUCUUGCGCGGUCUAUUGUACGAGCGAGAAUCGCCCUCACUCUAGCUGGUGUUUGUUCUUGCAUCGAGUCGCACAUUGGUAGCAGGAUGGCCCAAGAGGCAUACAAGACCCUGCUGGCCCAGCUCGGGUACAUGGGGCUCCGAUGGGUUGUCGAGCCAGCCCCAGAGAGAUGCCUACCGAGAGUAACUACACAAGGCGCUGGUGAGGACUUCCCUGAGGUUGGGGGGAAGAGGUUGAAGAACUUACAGGGAGAGCUUCGUGUUUCGCCGGGGGCCACUUGGGGGGCCCACCCGGGAGGAUGCAGCGGUGCUCAUGAACCCGUACCACACCGGUCGGACAGAGAAGUUGCUGGCCAGGGUGUGACUGACCUCACUUAUCUGCUACAAUACGAUCAUAUCAGCAAAGAGAAUCUGGCCUGCCCAUUCGAGCCCGUCCGACAACUUCCUAGGCCCGCCUCCGCCGAGCUUUCCGAUCGUCACCGAGCCAACUAA